AAGGAGCAGUUGGGGAAAAUGCUGGAUGAAGACCCUUCACUUAUGGCAAAGAGGGAGGCCAUAGCCAAGAGGCUGGAGCUGUACAAGUCUGCCAGAGAUGAGAUUGACUCUCCUUCAAGUGCUCGCCGCCGGUCAUCUCCUGGAAAUCUACCGGUAAGAUCCAGCAAACAAUAUCGAGUUGUAUUGAACGAACCGGACUGGGGCUCCACUCAGGCAAGGAAUCAACCGUGAGAAUUCGGCCGGAACUUGCAGGUGAAGGCAGGUACUUUGCGCUUGGGUCGAAUCGGAUCGAUGCGUCUAUUGGGUUUGCCAGGGAGUCGCGUCUGUGCACCACAUUGUGCAAGGAUGGGUACAGUGUGAGAACUGUUGAGCACUUGCUUUCUGCUCUAGAGGCAUGUGGUAUAGACAAUUGUCGAAUCGAAGUUGAAAACUCCGUCUCUGAUGAUCAGUCUGUUGAGGUUCCUAUAUUUGAUGGGUCUGCAAGGGAAUGGGUGAGAGCGAUACAAGAAGUUGGAUUGGAGGUAGCGGUUCAUCCCAGUGGGGAAAACUAUGAUAAGUUGGCACCUUAUGUCAAUGAACCUAUUCACAUGUGGAAAAAUGACGCCUUUAUUGCUGCAUUCCCUUCAUCAAACAUCAGGAUCAGCUAUGGAAUUAACUUUCCACAGGCACCAGCAAUUGGGUGUCAGUGGUUUUCUUGUUCAUUUUUAGAUAAUUGUGUCUAUGUGGAGCAAAUAGCUUCUUCAAGAACAUUUUGCAUUUAUGAGCAGGUAGAAAAGAUUUGGCAAUCAGGACUCAUUCAGGGUGGCUCUCUAGAAAGUGCUAUUGUUUGUAGUGAGAGUAGAGGCUGGUUGAAUCCACCCCUCCGUUACGACGAUGAGCCCUGCAGACACAAGGUAUUGGAUCUUAUUGGGGAUCUUUCACUUCUUGCUAGAGCUGGAAGUCAGGGACUUCCUGUAGCGCACAUAGUUGUCUAUAAGGGUGGACAUGCACUGCACACCGAUUUUGUUCGCCACUUAUCAAGUAUUGAGUGAAGAACAAAGGAAGCUUCAAUUGUCAGGGUCGCAUAGUGUUCACUGUAGCAUAUGAAAGAAGGAGAGUUGGGGAACAUGCUGGUGCUGGAUGAAGACCCUUCACUUAUGGCUCUGUUGUUUGGAAAUGAUACUCUCAUCUUAUUAAAUUAGUGAAUUCACCAAAUACUUCCUCCGUCCCAAAAAGAACUUCAUUAUUUGAGUGUACAGAGUUCUAGAAAAGUGUUGAAAAGCGAGAAAGCAUGGAUGAAAUUUGUUUGAAAGAGUGAGAAGUUUUGUUGGUCAUAUUUUCUUUACCAAAAGAGUAGAAAUGUGAAGUUAUUUUUGAGACAUCCAAACAAGAAAAGUGUAAAUUUCUU